UUGUUAUUGAUCUAGCCAUGUGUCCAAUGUGUCAGUAGACAAUCUAAAGCUGGUUUGUUUUGUUUCAGGAAUGCCGCGUGAAGUUCUUACUCUUCAGUUAGGUAAUUACGCAAAUUAUGUCGGAACUCACUGGUGGAAUGCACAGGAGGCAUCAUUUAACUAUGAUCCAUGCGCAGAACCUUCUGAGAUCGAACAUGAGGUUUUGUACCGAGAGGGGCAAACGUUGAACGGGCAACCGACAUUCACCCCACGGAUGUUAUUGCUGGACCUAAAAGGAACGUUAAAAUUUGAACCCAAAGAAGGAGAGUUGUAUAGUUUUCACGAUAAAAAUAUCAAUGAAGAAGAUGUGGUAAAAGGAUUGGCUUGGGAUUCAAGCAAAGUAGAGGUGAUCAAAGAAAAACCGACUGAAAAAAAUGAAUACCAUAAAGAUCUGGAGGAUACUUCAGAAAAGGAGACAUACGAAAAGGAUUACAAUUUCAAAGAGAGUGUACAUGAUUGGAUCGAUUUCAGCUAUUCGCGGUUCCAUCCGAGAAGCAUUAAUAUUAUCAAUGAAUUCACACAUUCUAAAGAGGAUAUCCAAUUCGACACAAUCACGAACGGUAUGGAGGUUUGGCGAGGGAACUAUUUUCAAGACGAUUUUACAGAUAAAAUCCGCCAAUAUGUCGAAGAGUGUGACGAAUGUCAAGGAUUCCAGACACUAUUUGAUUGUAAUGAUGGGUUUGCAGGAAUUGCAAUCAAAUGUUUAGAACAUCUACAAGAUGAGUAUGGUAAAGCCAGCGUUGUAUUUCCUGUUAUACCUCCAAGAUCACCGAACUAUAAAAAUGCUGAUGAAGUGAUGAGUUCCUCUAUCAGGGUUAUUAAUACAGCCCUAACGUUUUCUUAUCUGAUAGAUAAUUGUUCCCUCUUCACACCUAUUUCAACGAUGGGUCGCUGCUGGCGGUAUUUAGACAAUCCACGAUGCUUCCCAAAUAUGUCUUAUGAACAUACUAAUUUUUAUCAGACAUCUGCUUUGCUAGCAACUUUUCUUGAUUCCGCUACGCUACGGUAUCGACUCAGAAGUACAACGGUUUCUGGAAGCUACAUGAAUAGUCUUUGCAACGAUCUUACACAGUAUGGUAGAAAGAUGGCCGCUGCAGGACUAGCUCUUCCUUUCCCAAUAAGCAACUCAGAAGACUUAAUCGAUUUUUUGGACACAAACGAAGCGAAAUUCUACACACAACUAACUCCGAAUACUACAAUUGGAAACAAAUAUGUUGUUCAGUCUGUUUCAGUUCGUGGGAUUCCACAGACCAGAUUGAAGAGACCACCUACCGCUAAAUCAGCCCAGCGUCAGCAGCGGAUGGCUGCCUACCGAUGUAACUCGGUGAGCGAAAUGUUUCAGUUUUAUUAUCAUUGUCAACUGCAUGCCAGCAUGUCGCAUGUAUCGGCCUGUGAAGCACCGAUGGACAUCAAGACACCUUUUCCUGCUGAAAUGUUCAGUCCUCGCGUUAGUUUCGAUGGAUUUUUGAGUGAUUUUCAUACUGAACCGAAGCAAAAAAUACUUUCGACACCAACUCUUGCCGCAAUACAAUCAUCUGGGGAUUUGGCUGAUACAUUGGAGAGUUUACACCGGGAAGUCAGUCGGAUAAAAAUUGCUAGAAUACCUCGCUUCAUCGAAAACGGAUUAGAACUAGAGGAUUAUAAGGAAAAUCUUGAACGUCUGGUGGAUUUUAAAGAAAGAUACGAAGACAAUUAUCAGCUUUAAAUACAAUAUAAUAAAUUUUAUUCUAUUUUUUAUUUUAUACUAGCUGCCCCGGCGAACUUUGUCGAACUUCCGUAAUUGUUACGUAACAAAAUUUCAUUUUCAUUACUAAAUAAAUUCCCGCGCUCCUAUAUGCUUGAGUAGCUACCUUCGAUUCAGGAACCGAAUGAGGUGUGUUUCUUAAACCAAGGUGAUAAAACACGUGUUGUAAUGGGCUUACAGCAGCCAGUAGGCAGGCAUCGAUUAAUGGGAAUAUCGCGUUAAUCUACCGGAUCAUGAUUUCGUCAUGGCUGCUAAACAUAAGAUUGUUCCGUUUGUUAAGACAAGAUGCAAAAUAAAGCUAGGUCACAUUGGUCACGAAAUGAACGGACACCAUUGAACUACCUUUUACGAGUUAGUGAAGAAUCAAAGAUGAUAAUGGAUUUUCAGGCAGAAUGAACACGUUUCAAAUAGAAAUUAUGAAUGAAAAUUAACUUCUUCGUAUCAAAUUAAUGUUCAAUGUACGGGAACCGCGGAUAAUACGGACAGUGGGGGUAAUAUGGACAGGUGGUUGAUUUGUAUAGUUACACUUUGAAUUUCCGAUUUCUGUUAAUAAGAAAACCUUCUACAUGUUAUUCUAUAAUAUUUAAGCCACCCUAUGGCAAUGAACACUGAUCAAAAGUGAUCAAAAGAUCAAAGUCAGGAUGUAAUUUUAGCGGCUUCGAUCUUAAAUAUUUCGAGUGGUUUAAUAUCAAAAUUCAAUUCGCUGAUGGUUAUAUUUCGGUUUGUGUGUUAACAGAGAAGCGAUAUUAGAUAUGUACGGAAAAGUAAAUUCAUUUUUGAGUGGAAAAAUUUAAAUUCUUGAAAUAAUUGUACUUAUGGGGUAAAACGGACAGUUGCCUGUGGGAGUGAAAUGAACUGUGAAAAGUCUGUUUAAUCUAUUCUUAAUCGGAAAAUGUGGAAUGUUUAGAAGCUGACUGGAACAAAAAGCAAAAUAGUUGAGGGUCUGUCCGCUUAUACUGCUGAAAAACACGAUAUCACUUCUAGGUGGAUUAAUUCGAUUUUUCAUCAUUUAACGGACAUUCGUGAUAAGUUCAGACCUUAGUUGAAUAAAAUUAUUCCUCUCGCGAUCGAUAAACCUCUACGCUUCAUAUAUUACAAACCUGUCCAUAUUACCCCCACUACAUGUCCAUUAUACCCGCAUCAAAAAAAAGUUGUACUUUUCGGUCUGUUAUAAUUUUAGUAAAAAACAUUGAAAAAUCAUUUUUUGUAAAAUAUUUUGCCAAU